AGUACAAGCAUAUACAACAAUCAAUAAAUAAGGGCCUUGAAACAUCAGCAUACUUUAGGCGUUAGCUUCUCCGAAUGUAGUUGUGACGCUUUGACAUUCUUGGGUAUUGCAUACCUACCAUUUUCGAGAUACAGGUUGUAGUCCAAUUCGUCGCCAGGGUUCAUGCGAUGGUAGCCUAUUGACAUCCACAAAGCCUCCAUUUUUACCAUGCGAUGUGUGACGUAUUGGAGUGGGUAAAUCAUACCCAUACAUCCUUCUAGCAAGGCGCCUCAUCGAGAGUCUAUUCCAGAGAAAGGUGGAGAGUGAUCUGUAAUGGCUGACGUGUCCGUCGCGAUCGGAAGUCAACAUGAAUGACGUCAAGCAAGGUAGCGCUGUUUUCUAUUACUGGGAAGGCGCUGUGGUCAAGAAGAAGACAGAGGGUCGCACGACUCCAGGCCAGCAGCGUGCUGGAAUAAUAAGUGUAAUCCUUCCAGGUCAUGAUAACCUCGGAGAACCUGUGGAAAUCAAAUUUAUCAGUCUCAUCAUGGGAGCAGCUAAAUCAAUGGGUCAUACAGAAGCCGAUGCUCCGGACUCGAGGACACAAGUGCGCAACUACCAUAGGAAAAUCGGACGGGAAACUGGAAUGCGAUACGGCGAUGAAUGCGCGUGUACGACGAUGUGUUUCACCAAACUCGCAAACGAAGGGUAG